AUGGAUCGUAGCUAUUCGAAGACGGACUACCAGAUGGAUAACCAGAAACACACCUACAAACUGCACUACUUCGAUAUUCGUGGAAGAGCGGAACCCAUUCGCUUGAUAUUUCAGUACUAUGGUAUUAAAUUUGAUGACAACAGGCUUUCUGAAGAAGAAUGGGUCAAAGUUAAAGAAGAUGCUCCUAUGCAUCAGGUACCGUACUUAGAAGUGGACGAAGGAAAGCUUCGCUUAUGUCAAACACUCGCCAUCUGCCGCUAUCUCGCGAAAUCGUUGAAACCGAACGACUAUUUUGGUGGAUCCACCAAAUCAGACGCGGCCAAAUGUGAUAUGUACGCGGAUACAUUUAUGGAUUUUUUCACUAUUUCUGUUGAACGAAUUUUUGAAAGUGAUCCUGAUAUUAAGGCUAAGAAAGAAGAGAAAUUUGAGAAGCAAUAUCCUGCACGUCUGAAAAUUUUCGAAGAUCACUUAAAGCGGAAUGGUGGCGACUAUUUCCUACUAUGGUGCGAUCUUGUGGCAGUAGCAGUGUUAUCGAUGGCGGAGGAGACAAAACCGGAACUACUGCAAAAUUUCCCUGAUCUGCAAGCCUACUACAGCAAUAUAUGUAAUUUACCCGAAAUCAAAGAAUAUAUUGCGGAGAAUUGGCCAUCAUCCACUAAUGAGCCAUCAAACGCUAACGAUGAGCAAGUGUCAGCUAAUGUGGAUGAGGGCGAACCAGAUCUAGAGUAA